AUGGCAAGACAAUCCAACCCCAUAACAGCAUCGCAAUUCCUCAACGCCUUCCACCGAACAUGGUUCGAUUCGCGACACACAGCAUGUCGGAGUCGGAGUCGGAGGCUUCCGAGGAGAUUAGGACUGGCGAUUAGCGGAGGUGCUGAUUCUAUGGCCCUUGCGUAUCUAUGCAGACAGUGGGAGAUGGGGCUUAAUCAGCCCGAUAGUACUGUCAUGGCUUUCGUGGUUGACCAUCGUGCUAGAGAAGAGAGUUCGAGGGAGGCAAGGACUGUUGUGGGUUGGUUGGCAGACCUGGCGAACACACAAGAGACUCAUAAAAGAGCAGGGUUAAAAUCCCACAUCCUCCCCCUCACCUGGCCCCAGGGAGGCUCACCAUCAGAAGUCUCCGCAUUCGAGACUCACGCCCGCCGUCUCCGCUUCCAGGCUCUUGGCCAAGCCUGUCGAGACAAUGGUAUUGAGACGCUCCUUAUGGGCCACCAUCAGGACGAUAAUGUCGAGACCACCCUGUGGAGACUGUGUACUGGAGCUCGGGGUGCUGGGCUCGCGGGUAUUCCGCCUGUUACGGGGAUUCCGGAGUGUCAUGGUCUUUAUGGGAUGUCUGGGAGUGGGUUGGAGAUGGGUCUCACCAGUCGACCUGGGGGUUUGGAUCUAGAUUCAUACUCCGGGUCAAAUUUAGAGUCAGAUCCAUCCCCCAGAAACGUCACAAUCUCCACAGGCGGCAUCUCCAUCUGCCGUCCUCUCCUGACCUUCCCAAAAUCCAACCUCGUCGCCACUUGCGAAGCAAACGGCGUCCCCUUCGUCACGGACAAAACAAACUUCGACCCGACUCUCACUCCCCGAAACGCUAUUCGCAGUCUUCUUGCUGAGAACCGGCUUCCGCGCGCGUUACAACCGCCUUCUAUUCUCUCCUUGAUCAAAGCGAGUCAGGACUUGCUUCGUGAUUCGACCCGUUUGUCUAAUAGGCUGCUGCGAGAGUGCAGGAUUCUGGAGUUGAAUCUUAGUGCUGGGACGAUGACUGUCAAGUUUCCAUCGGAAACAGUCAUAGACGAACAUGUCCAUUCUCAAGAUGAACGGGACCCAACCCAGCGCAUUCGCCAGAUCCAAGCCCUCUCCCUCCGCCGCAUCACUGAGAUCCUAUCUCCCUUCCCGGAAAAUCAUUUUUCUCUACGGGGGUUCGAGAAGUUCAUUGACCGUGUGUUUCUUUCUACUUCUCAAACACAGAAGGAUAAGCAGAAGCAGGCCUUUACCUUGGGGGGUGUUUUAUUCAAACCUCUUCUUCGGAAGGGGAAUAGGGAGUGGGAUAAUACAUGGCUUGUGUCCCGUCAGCCUUUUAUGAGGCAUCGUCUUCCUACCCUUCCCUUUGACAUUUCUAUCCCUUCUCCUCCUGCCUCUUCCUCUUCGCCAGACCAACAAAAAAAGCAAAGCCAGAACCAAAACCAAGAAUCAAACUAUACCCCCUGGCAACUAUGGGAUAACAGAUACUGGUUCCGGUUUGCGUUGGUUCCUGAGCACAUUAUACCCAUUUCGCAGCUGGACUCUACACACUCAUCUACACCACUGUCUUCUCCACCAUCACAAACAGGCACAAAAGCAUCAUCUUCUCCUCCUCCGUCAUCAAAUACAAAACCACCACAACGCCCAACAACAGAAAACCCAAACUCUGUAUCCCUCACCCUCCGACCUCUCCAACAAUCUGAUUUGGAGUAUCUGCGAAAAUCCACCCUUACGUCUCCUUCUCCUUCUCCUUCUACUUCCACUUCCACCUCAUCGCCUACCUCUCCUACAUCACCUCCCAAAACCACCUCCACACCCCCAAACCAACCCCCAACAAAGACACCAACAAAGACACCACCAACAACCACCCCCACAGAUCAAUCCUCAACAUCCUCUCCCGCAACGCCCCUGCUCAAACACGAUUCACGCUUCCUGUUUUAA